AUGGAUUUACUUCCUCCCGAGCUGUUGCAGCGGAUAUGCUUUUACCUGCCGCCCACGGAUCGACUAAACCUUUCUCUAGCAUGCUCGCGCAUAUUCACUGCUCUGGGACGACUUCUUCCUCGGCCCUCUACGGUUCGCGUGCAGGUAGGCAAUUGCCCUGCAACAGCUCGGGCUCGUGGCUGUGACACGUCGAUACUUCUAUGUCAGUGCGAUAAGCAUGACACAAAGUCCCUACUCUCUAUUCUGCUUCCUUUCAUAUCUGGUGGCGCCACAUCAUUGGACUUGGAAGAUGAAUUACUUCGUGAUAAGCUGAAAGAUUAUCAUGUGCAUGAACUACUUACACAGGUUGCACGAGCACCAUUGACCAGGCUGGCCCUGUCAAACUGCGAUCUAGCUGGUGUGAAGCCAUGGACUAUGGCUCAAAUAGCACAAUUCAAUCAGCUGCAGGAGCUAAUCUUCGAUAGCUGCAAUUUUCCUGUAUCGGAAAGUCAGCUGAUUCGUGGCAUGGCGCCAUCAUUUCGAACACUUUCGAGACUCGAGAUCAGUGAUAAUCAUCAGAUAACCGACAAACUGGCUAGAUCCGUGGCGCGGAAUUGUCCUUUGCUGGAAGCGUUUUGCGUUUCUGGUUGCCCAGCAAUAUCUGCGCUGUCGGUGCUGGCACUCAUGGAAGCUGCAUUCUUCCGUGUCACACAGAUGUUGACGAUGCAUGUGGAGAAGACUGGGUUCGAUGUUGAUCAGCUCAAUCGCUACAUUCACAGCCCACUAUUUGCGAACAACAAUGAGUGGAGACUCACUCCCACCGCUGUACAUUUUGGCUAUGAGAAGUCUGCCGUGCUUGCUGAGCAUAAAAAUGCUAUUUUGCUUAGUUCCCCCCAGCGCAACCGUUUUUACUUGUACAAAGUGAAGUCCUUUAUAAUUUUUUUGUCCACGCGAAAUAUGUGUGGUGGUGUAAUGUCUUUAUCUGAUAAAGUCUGCUACAUUGUCAUAUCUACAUUGAACAACACGCGCUUACCUUAG